CACAAAGUAGCAUUUCUCCACGUUGGGGGCUCAGAGGGGAGCCAUCAUGAGCGAUGUUACCGUGGUGAAAGAAGGCUGGGUUCAGAAGAGGGGAGAAUAUAUAAAAAACUGGAGGCCAAGAUAUUUCCUUUUGAAGACAGAUGGCUCAUUCAUAGGAUAUAAAGAGAAACCUCAAGAUGUGGAUUUACCUUAUCCCCUCAACAACUUUUCAGUGGCAAAAUGCCAGUUAAUGAAAACAGAACGACCAAAGCCAAACACAUUUAUUAUCAGAUGUCUCCAGUGGACCACUGUUAUAGAGAGAACAUUUCAUGUAGAUACUCCAGAGGAAAGGGAAGAGUGGACAGAAGCUAUUCAGGCUGUAGCAGACAGACUUCAGAGACAAGAAGAGGAGAGAAUGAAUUGUAGUCCAACUUCACAAAUUGAUAAUAUAGGGGAGGAGGAGAUGGAUGCUUCCACAACCCAUCAUAAAAGAAAGACAAUGAAUGAUUUUGACUAUUUGAAACUACUAGGUAAAGGCACUUUUGGGAAAGUUAUUUUGGUUCGAGAGAAGGCAAGUGGGAAAUACUAUGCUAUGAAGAUUCUGAAGAAAGAAGUUAUUAUUGCAAAGGAUGAAGUGGCGCAUACUCUGACUGAGAGCAGAGUAUUAAAGAACACCAGACACCCCUUUUUAACAUCCUUGAAAUAUUCCUUCCAGACAAAAGACCGUUUGUGUUUUGUGAUGGAAUAUGUAAAUGGGGGAGAGCUGUUUUUCCAUUUGUCGAGAGAGCGGGUGUUCUCCGAGGACCGCACACGUUUCUAUGGUGCAGAAAUUGUCUCUGCUUUGGACUAUCUACAUUCCGGAAAGAUUGUGUACCGUGAUCUCAAGUUGGAGAAUUUAAUGCUGGAUAAAGAUGGCCACAUAAAAAUUACAGAUUUUGGACUUUGCAAAGAAGGGAUCACAGAUGCAGCCACCAUGAAGACAUUCUGUGGCACACCAGAAUAUCUGGCACCAGAGGUGUUAGAAGACAACGACUAUGGCCGAGCCGUGGAUUGGUGGGGCCUGGGGGUCGUCAUGUAUGAGAUGAUGUGUGGGAGGCUACCUUUCUACAACCAGGAUCAUGAGAAACUUUUUGAACUAAUACUAAUGGAAGACAUUAAAUUUCCUCGAACACUUUCUUCAGAUGCAAAAUCAUUGCUUUCAGGGCUCUUGAUAAAGGAUCCAAAUAAACGCCUUGGCGGGGGCCCAGAUGAUGCAAAAGAAAUUAUGAGGCACAGUUUCUUCUCUGGAGUCAACUGGCAAGAUGUUUAUGAUAAAAAGCUUGUACCUCCUUUUAAGCCUCAAGUAACAUCUGAGACAGAUACCAGAUAUUUUGAUGAAGAAUUUACAGCUCAGACUAUUACAAUAACCCCACCUGAAAAAUAUGACGAGGACGGCAUGGACUGCGUGGACAACGAGCGGCGGCCACACUUCCCUCAGUUCUCCUACUCCGCCAGCGGCCGCGAGUAAGGCCCCCGUCCCGCCCCUUCACUGUCGUCCCAGAUUUCCUCCUCAAGACGAUUCCCGGACAUCACACCAGUCGUAGCUCUUAAAAAGCAGGAGCGCCUCCAGACACCCAGCCCACUCUCACCCCACGAGAACACACAUGGACGCAAACACACUUGUUUGUUUUUGCAUGAAAUUGUAUCUCCGUCUACGGUCUCAUGCCGCUGCUGCUACUGUCUUACUAUUCUAGCAACUUUAAGAGGUAAUUUUACAAUCUUUGGAAGUCAUGAGCCCACCAUUGUUCAUUUGUGCACCAGUUGUCAUCUUUCGGUCUUUUCGUUUUUGUUUUUCCCUAACAGUGAAGGCUAAAUGAGAUACACUGAUUCUAGGUACAUUUUUUAACUUUCUAGAAGAUACAUCGAAAACUAAUUAGACUAAGAAGAUUUAGUUUAUAAUUCAGAACAAGCAAUUGUGGCAGGGUGGUGAUGUGCAUAUGCAGAAUUGUAGGAAGGCCUAAGAGGUCAGUGCGUAUGGUGGGGAUCGCGCACUUAGACCUGGCCGGAAUCCGUAGGGAAGCAUCUGAGAGAAGGACCGAACGACCGUUGAGGUAGAGCGCUAGAUGCACACAUAGUCCCUGAUGGACACUGCACAGGAAGCCCGCUGUGCCACCCGGACGUCCACAUUUCACGGGCGGUCGUUGGCAAGAUGGACACUGCUCUUCCAAGGAAGGAGGCAUAUGCACAGCAGAGGCAAGGUCGCUUACAGGCUCGAUGACACGAUUUGCACCAGAGAGCUUCCCCCCCCCCCCCCCGUGCUUGGAAACCUUUUUCCCUUCUUGAUAUUUAUCACCUCUGAUGGCUGAAGAAUGUAGACAGGUAUAAUGAUCCUGCUUUUCACCAAAAUUUGUACACCAAGGUAAACAGGUGUUUGCCUUAUUUGUUUUAAGUUUUGACUUUCAGUUCUAUGUGAAUUAGCUUUUUCUCGGAUGUUAAAACUUUGAAUGUCCUUUUAUGAUUUUGUUUAUAUUGCAGUAGUAUUUAUUUCUUAGUGAAGAAAAUUGUGUGUCAUGUUAGCAAAUGCAGCUCCAACUUACAUGAA